GCGCGGUAGGUAGUGUUUGCUCAGCGCGCGACAGUGUCGUGGGUGAUUCUCCGGUGCUAAGAGUAGGGCGGAUCGAAAGCCGGCGAGCCUGCUGAGGCGGGGACACGGGUGGACGUGGGGUCCUAGACUUCAGUGCUACCCACCCGCUAGUAUCCUGUCUGGCUCAUGUCACGAGGUGUGUCCGCGGCGCGGGAGCUCCUGGGAUGGCGAGUCUGAGCAGCUGAUGGGACAAGAAGCGGCGGCCCCGUUCCGCUCACCUUAAAGCAGAUUGAAGAUGGAUACCUAAAGACCCAAGAGACAGCGCCACUGAAAGUGGACUGGCGUCAAGCGCAGCUGCCGGGUGGUGGCCCGGGGACACCCCUGGCAUCCAGGUUAGGAUCAUGACUCCUGUAAACAACCAUGAUGUGGCAGCGGAGAGCAUUUUUGACCUGGACUAUGCUUCCUGGAAGAUUCGCUCCACUCUAGCCGUAGCUGGGUUUGUCUUCUACCUGGGUGUCUUUGUGGUCUGCCACCAGCUGUCAUCCUCCCUAAAUGCCACCUACCGCUCCCUGGCGGCCAAAGAGAAGGUCUUCUGGAACCUGGCAGCUACUCGUGCCGUCUUUGGCGUCCAGAGCACAACUGCAGGCUUGUGGGCUCUGCUGGGAGACCCCGUGCUUCCUGCCGACAAAGCUCUUGGGCAGCAGAACUGGUGCUGGUUUCACAUCACCACAGCCACUGGAUUCUUCUUCUUUGAGAACGUGGCUGUCCACCUGUCCAACCUGCUCUUCUGGACGUUUGACGUGUUCUUGGUUGUCCACCACUCCUUCGCCUUCCUUGGGUUUCUUGGGUCAGUGCUCAAUCUCAGAGCUGGCCACUAUCUAGCCAUGGCCACUUUGCUCCUAGAGAUGAGCACGCCCUUCACCUGCAUCUCCUGGAUGCUCCUAAAGGCCGGCUGGUCGGACUCCCUGUUCUGGAAGGUCAACCAGUGGCUCAUGGUCCACAUGUUCCACUGCCGCAUGAUCCUCACCUACCACAUCUGGUGGGUGUGCUUCACGCACUGGGACGCGCUCCUCGGCAGCUUGUUCCUGCCUCACUUUGCACUCUUCCUCUCUGGCUUGGCCCUGCUCACACUCAUCAUCAACCCCUACUGGACACACAAAAAGACACAGCAACUUCUCAAUCCUGUGGAUUGGAACUUCGCACAGCCUGAAGCCAAGGGCAGCAGGCAAGAAAGGACCAACGGCCAGGUGCCUCAGAAGAAGAGGCUCUAGUACCCAGGGACCAGGUGGAGCGUGGUGCCAGCGGAUGGGUGUCCAGGGUUCUGCAGAGCC